CGAAACCCGCUCUCUCUUCCUGGCGAGGCAGCAACCAUGGCUGCUUCUGAGGGUCCCGUCCGGGAUCUCCGCGAAGAAGCCACUUGCUCCAUCUGCCUGGAUUAUUUCAGGGAUCCAGUGAUCAUUCAUGAGUGCGGGCACAACUUCUGCCGAUCCUGCCUGAUCCAGUGCUGGGAGAAAUCCGAGGGAGAGGCUUCCUGCCCUCAGUGCAGGGAAACGGUUGAGCAAAGCAGCAUCACGAAAAACCAGCAGCUGGCAAAUUUUGUGGAAAUAAUUAAGAAAUUCAGCCAUCUGGGGGGGAAAGAGGAGGGAAAAGGAAAGGGAAAGGUUUGCGAGAAGCACCAGGAGCCCCUGAAGCUCUUCUGCAAGGAGGACGAAAGCUCCAUCUGUGUCGUGUGUAAUGUUUCCAAGGAGCACAAGAGCCACGAGGUGGUUCCUCUAGAGGAGGCGUCCCAGGAAUACAAGGAUCAGAUCAGCAGCUGCCUGGACAAUGUGAAGAAGGAGAGAGAGAAAAUUAUGGAAUUGAAGGCAGACACAGAAAAGGAAAGCCAAGACUUGCUUAAACAAACAGAUGCAGAGAGGGAAAAGAUGGUGGCUGAGUUCAGGCGAAUGCACCAGUUUCUGGAAGAACAAGAGAAACUUAUUCUGGACCAGAUGGCAGAAGUGGAGAAGGAGAUUGCUGCAAAAAGGGAGGAGCACCUGGCUAAACUCUCCGGGGUACUCUCCUCUCUUGACAGCCUCAUCCGGGAGAUGGAGGAGAAGCUUCAGGAACCAGCGAGUGAACUCCUGCAGGAUAUCAGAAGCUUCUUGCAGAGGUCUCAGGCGAAGGAGAGCUUAGAGGACCCUCCUGUGGCUUUUCCUCCUGCCCUGAAGUGGAAGAUCUGGGACUUCUGCGAUAUAAAUCCCUUCCUGGAGGGAGUCAUGAAUAAAUUCAGAGACACUCUGGAAUAUGGACUUAAGCUGCAAAAAGAAAAUGUAACUUUGGAUCCAGACACAGCACAUCCCCACCUUAUACUGUCUGAGGAUCGAAAGAGUGUGAGAUGGGAAGAAGUGCGUCAAGACCUGCCAGACAACCCUGAGAGAUUUGAUACAUAUAGCGAAGUGCUGGGAUGUGAGAGUUUCACAGCAGGCAGACAUUUCUGGGAGGUCACUGUGGGAAGAGAGGAGGAAUGGGGGGUGGGGGUUGCCAAAAAGUCUGUGAGGAGGAAGGAUGUUUCCUCUUCUGGUCCUACAGAAGGGAUCUGGGAUUUCGGGAAGUGGGGCGGAAUAUACAACCCCCAUGAGGCCCCUGUUCCAAGUGAGGAGCCCAAGAGGAUCCGAGUGACCCUGAACUGUGAAGGGGGACGUGUGUCCUUUUAUGAUGCAGAUACAGCAGCCCUUCUCCAUGCAUUUCCAGCAGCCUCCUUCUCAGGAGAGACCCUCCAGCCCUAUUUUUACGUGAACAAGGAAGGGAACCUGAUACUCUCUUGACUGAGGGUGCAGACAGACAAGCGUAUAUUGCCAUUGUGACACAUUCAGUCUCCUCUUCAGGACUGAGCUGACAAGCACUUGAGAAACCAUAUUUGCAGAACUGUGAUUGGCCAUCCGUUAUGUCAAUCAUGAUGCAACUCUCUCUUCCUGGGCCAUCUUUGUAAAUGACACUGAUUGAUUGGGUCCCCUGUCAAUCCCCAAACUUAGGAAAAAACCUAACCCUACACACAUUCCUGUUUCAAUGUAGUUCUCUCUCCAACCCCCAACUCUGACUUCAGAUUUCUAGAGACAAUAACAUCAUCUUUUCUGAAUAAAAUAAGAAUGAUGCAUGGGUCACUGAAAACCUUCCUCAGCCUCAAUCCUGCUCUCAGAUUCCCUUUUCCUUCCCCAAAACCUCCACUGUCAUGGAGAUGGAAGUUCCAAAAUCCCUUUUUCUGCUACUCCUCAGUGAAGCUUAUGUGGCAAUUCAGCAAAAUCUCCAUAUCCAAAGAGACCUGUUUGUUAGUUGAGUACAGAUUGCACCCUGGAGCACUUUGUCAAAACAAAUUAAUAAAUAGAAAGAGGGCGAGAGACCAGGAAAAACUGUUGGAAGGGACUGUGUGAGAUCUCACAAGA